GUUUGGUAUUCAUCCGCUUCGUAAUCAGAGACAGGAGAAAACCCUACAAAUUGUUUCUCGAGUUUUUGCUGAUUUCUAAACGGAUUACUAUGUGAAAAUGAGUGUACACUGAAAGUAUGGCUUUCAAGUGCAGAGAGGAAAUAGUUGGGAAGAGAUUUCUCUCCGUGAAAAGCCAAGCAAAGUUAAAACUUGGCAAGAUCAGCGAGUGGGAAUGGCGGUCAGGCGUUGUACGAGCAGUGUCCUCGCGAGACAGCAGUCGCUCCGAUUUGUCGGUCCUGGUGGAGUUUGAUGAAUCUGAUUGGCAGCAGAGAGAAUGGAUCAAAAUUCACUCCGUGUUCCAAGUAUUUCUUGUGGAGCAGACAGUUGUUUGGAGUGAGAGAUUGGACCCUGAAAGCAAGACAACUUCAGUUGAAUGGCCAGCGCUGAAUUUCCGAUCCAUUGUUGAUAAAGUAGGGCUGAGCAGCUGUAGAAAGCGACCAAUUGAGUUUUUUGAUGAUCAGCUUUUGGCCUUUGUAGAGGAUAAAAACCUGCACGGUUUCCAGGAGGCAGAGCUACUGAGUAACCCAGUGUUUGAAGCCUACCCCAGUCUCAAUCAGGCGGUCAAGAACUGGCUGGAUUACCAGGAUGGACAGAGGAUCUUGUUGACGACCCCCACGGUGCUGGUUGGGUACCGCCUGGAGGUGUAUCGAGCGGAAGGAACUACCCAGUGGUACACAGCUGUGAUCCAGUCCUACAACCACACUACCAAGAGUCUGUCUUUGACUGAUGAUACAGUCCUAGAGGAACACAAUGAGGACCCAGCCCUUAUACAGAUGAAACUGAUAGAUGAUGGGGUGGUAGAUUCAAUUUUGCGAGGCGUAGAAGUUGGAAUUGGUCCUAGAAGGACCAGACAAACAAACAAGGAACAGCAAAGCAAUACAACCAGAAAUCCGACAUCAAAACAACCUCCAUCCAACUCUGAAAAAACUUCAGCUGUACGGAAUAAUAAAGUGAAACAGAAAGAGACGAAAUCCGCGGAUCACGAUUCCGACAAAGAAAAACCAAAAACUGGAAAGCCAGUACCAGCAAAAGACCGAAAAAGAAAACCUGUGGAUUUCUCUGAGAAUUCUAGUGAUUCUGCAGACGGUACUUUGGAGAGGAGAUCUCGUUCUGUCGAGAAGCGAGUGAAACCUGAGGAUAAUAAGGAGGAGCAACCAAAGGCAGCAACCGAGUCAUCCAAAUCAAAAUCCGAACAGAAGACAGUGAAAAAGGACACUGAGAGUAAGAUCUCAAAAGACAAGGCUCAUCCAAAACGAUCGCGAAAAUCUUCAACGUCAGACAGUCCUACAAAACAAUGUUCCAAACCUCGGCCAAGUCGACAUAAGAAGGACUUGUCUGUGUGUGAUUCGCCGCGACAUGAGGGGUCCCAGAGCUCUCCAGACUCUGGGGACAGUGUAGGGAGCUCUAUCUGUGGUAAUCAGUCCGCGGGGGAAUGCCCCCCCACUCAGUCUGACCAACCCCAGUCUGACCAACCCAAUACAGAAGAUAAUAUGCACUUUAUGAAACAGAGGUUGUUAGCAAGCAACACCUCUUCUGAAAAAUCUCCGGCCUCAAUUAACGCCAAUAUCGAUGUCAACCGCUCGGUGACGGAUCAAAUCGCAAAACUCUCCCGUGCUGAAAGUGCCGGAUCUCACUUGGAAGAGGAGAAAUUCAUUUCAUCCAAUAAAUCUGUCUCGCCAAAAUCCUGCGGAAGUUUUCUGUCAUCUGUGUCCACUGCUGAUGUGUAUACUCAGGAGAAGGAGCUGAGGAACAACAAUAUCAGUGAUCAUGUGUCUGGAUGUAAUUCUCUAUCAAACAGUUUAAAUAACGAUGAACUCCGAUCUAGUGUCCGAUCAAGCUCGCGAGCAAGUGAACAUUCUAACUCAGGAUUAAAUGACGACAGGAGACCAGCAUCUCGACUUGAUGAUCUCAAAACAUCUCAGAAAAACAGUCCAUCUUCUAGUCCAUUAAUCAUUGACAAAACAGAACCUGUACAUCCCUAUAGGGACCCUGAACUAAUGAGAAAAAAUCCAGUUCACAGUAACAUUCACGGCAUGCUCGGGAGCCACAAGAAGCCACCUUACUCAAGUGUUCACACCCCCAUCCCCUCAGCGGCCACCCCCACCCAGUCUAUCCCCUCAACCACCUCCUACCCCUCUCACCCCAUCCCCCCUAACCAUGUGAUCCCCUCCCUCCAGUACCCUCCCCAUCACCUGACCGCUGCUCUGGGGGCAGCCGCCACUCUGGGCAUCCAUCCUUCUCUGGCUCAGAUGGACCCAUCACAGUUAGCAGCGCUCCAGCACCAACAGCUAGCCUCCAUGCAGUACCAGCUGCUGCUCUCCCGUGGGGGCUACCCCUCUAAUCUCACCAUGCCCCAGCUGGAGCACCUGUGGCAGAAGACCUACCCCUCCAUUCCCAUCCCCCCUCAGUACUUACUGCCCAAGAACCGCGAGGAUCUACUGGGGCACCUGUUCUCCAAGGAGAGGGAGUUAAUAGAGAGGGAGAGGCUGGAGAGAGAAAGAAUGGAUCGGAUAGAGAAGGAAAGGUUGGAACGGGACAGGCAGCUGGAGAGAGAGAGGCAGGAGAGAAUAGAGAGGGAACGAGUGGAAAGAGAGAGAGACAAAUUGGAGCGAGAACGAGAGCAGGCCAUGAGGGAACGGGCUGAGAAAGAGAGAUUGGAGAAGGAGCGUCUAGAUCGGGAACGAAAAGAACGGGAGGAAUGGAAGAGAAUGGAGCACGAACGGGAGCAGAAGAAGGAACGUGAAAGGAUCCUAAAGGAGUCAGCUGACACCCUGGCCGCUGUCGACGAUCACUUCGCGAGAUCUCUACGGAACAAAGAGGAGAGAGAGCAGAUGCUGAAGAUGAUGAGACAGCAGGAAAUGGAGAAAUUCUACAAGCAGAACUAUGAACACCAGAAAGCUUACGAACAGCUUCAGAAGUCUGAAAUCAAGUCAGAGAAGCUCCCCAAAAGUGAGGCCUAUAAAGGCUACCCUCAGAGCAGUAGUUCCUCUAACCCCGUAAAACAGGAGAAACCAAACUUCAGUCUGUACGGUUAUCAACCUUUCCAGCUUUCCUACAUCUCUCCAGAUCAGCUCCAUCUUCACGGUCUGGACAAAAAAGAGGAGAAACUAAACAUGGACUCUUCUAAACAAAGUCUAGCCCACGCAGCAAACAUGGCUAGUCAGAUGUCGUCUGCCCCACCACCUCUCAUUAAGGACGGGCACAGUUCAGUGAUAUAUGAUAACCGUUAUAAGGAGGGUUCUAAUUCCACUAGUCCGAGACCGGCCCACUCACAUCACAGUCACCACAUCUCCUCCCAGUCACCCCGGCAACCAAAGCCUGCUCACACCCCUAAUCGUCAUCACGGGAGUCCACACCAGGACCAGUCCAUCGAUCUCUCGUCAUCCUCCAUGUCAUCUUCAGGGCUCCAGGUCUCUGCUUUAUCAGCAUUCAGAUCUACAGAAUCAAAACAUAUCGGACCAAGAACUCAGAGUCCACUCCGUGUGGCCAGCCCCCAUCAGUUAAACGCAGCAGUGAUGCAGCAGCCAGUCAAUUAUCAUAGGAAUGAGGGUAAACCAAGGACGAGCCCCUCCUCAAAAUCCCCUGUCUCCUCCAAUAACAGUAAUGUUCCUUACAUGUCUGCAGCAAUAGCCCAGCCCCCAGUGUCCUUACCCCCAGGCUCUGUGGAUUAUAGCUGUAGUCUCAUUCAACAGGGCCUCGUUCCAAAUCCCAUCUACUCUCAGAACAGUGUGAACCCGGCCGCAGAGCAUCAUGGGAAUAGUCACGGUAUGUUGACCACCACCCAGAGUAUGGCCCCUACCUCCUCCCACAACACACACUCCACUACAGGCCAGCAGGGGGUGAAGCGCCGACCAAACAAGGAAAGCAGCAAUCGUAAACGACAGAAAGCUGACAACGGGGGCAAUAAUCCUGGAGUUGGGGGUGGUGGUGUGCCGGUCACUACCCCCCAGAUAUUGACUAACCCCUCCCCAUAUACCACUACAAACAGUCAGUCGUCUGUCACCUCAACAUCAGCUACCACCUCCUCUGCCAUGUCCAUGCUUCUCUCCUCAGCAUCAUCCAAUCCACCACAGGGCACCUCAGGGUUCAUGGACAGCUUCAAGUCGUUUGUAGAGAAUGCAGUUCAGAAUGCAUUUUAUCAGGACUCGGACUUGGCUGACGGCAAAAAGGUUUCUGUUCCUCCCCCUCCCCCCACACAAAAGAAGGCAGACCCUACCCCUAGUCUGCCAGCAGAAGAGUCCAGUCUGGCAAGCUCCAAUAGUCAUUCUACUCUGAUGGAUACAAUAAGUCGAGUAGCCAACGGUCAGAUAAAUGAUACGGACAGUGACACACUCAGUGCUCCCAGCCCCCCACCACAUAUCACUAACCCCUCCUCUCAAGGUAAAGCAGCCAACCACCCCAAACUCAAAAAAGCCUGGCUUCAGAGACACUCCGAUGAAGAUAAGUUGGAGACAAAGGUAGAGCCAGGAUCACCCUCAACAGAAAACGACACGGAUGUUUCACCAAAGGCAGAGGACAAGCUCAAGAACUGUUACGUUAAUCUGACAAACAUUUCUCCCAAGAAAGAGCCAGGAACCAAAUCUCCAGUGUCCAGUAGUGCUUAUAAGCUUCCGAAUGGGAAUAUCAUCGGGAAAGAUAAAGACGACGAGUCCACAACGUCGGCCUCCGAGACAGAGUCACAACAGGUUAGUGAUUCCUCACAGAAGAGAAAAAUAACCACAAAGAAGCAGUCCAGUAACAAGAAAUCCAAGGCAGACAGUGACGAUAACAGUCCUCCACCUAACCCCGCCAUCAAAAAGAAAGCAGUCAAGAAAAAGGAACCAAAGGAAACCAAAAAUGUCAAGGUUAAAGAUCACUCAGAGGAUGAUAAAAUGGUCAACAAAGACAACGCGAGUAACACAUCAGUGAAGAAGGAAAAAGUCAGAGAGGCUGAAGAAGGAAAAACUACCAGUCCCGAACCAAUGGAGGUAGAGCAGGACAUCAAGAAAGAGAAGGCAGAAAAACCAUCGGACAACUCCGCAUCGUCCAAGAUAAAGAAACCUAAAAAACAGAAGGAGCACCUGCCAAAGACAGAGUCUUCCUCACCCCCGGGGCCGAGUCCCACCCCGGUCCACCCCCCAGUGGUACCCACCAGUCAUUCACAACCCUCAGGUGGGGCCUCUUACAACAAGCCUCCUGUCUCCCUGUUGAAGAAGACGUGUGAGCCAUUCUUACAGGACGAUUCUUGUAGCGAGGUCACCCCUAAACUGAUGAAAUGUCGGGAAUGUAAGAUGACGCCUACCCAGCGCAGCAAGAAACUCCCCAACAUCUUCUGUAGAUUUUAUGCCUUCAGAAGACUGAGGUACAGUCAGAGGGGGUUCCUGAUGAUUGAUGGAUUCUCGGAACUCUCGGACGCCAUCAAUGAAGACAUAGACCCCUGGUUACCCAACAUUCCCGUCAUGGAGCCCAGGAUAGAUAUAGAGACUGCCAAGUACAUCGUGGCCCGGGUCGGAGAUAAAUUCUGUGAGCUGGUACAACAGGAGAGAGAGGCCAAGAAUCUGGCGGGGGACGAAGCUAAAAUUGCCUGGAAGAGAGCGGUGACAGGUGUUCGUGAAAUGUGUGAUGUUUGUGAUACCACACUGUUCAACAUGCACUGGGUUUGUCAUAAGUGUGGCUUUGUGGUGUGUUUGGACUGUUAUAAAGUGAGACUGCGGGCCCUACAGCAGGAUAGCGGUGACGAAGGGGAGGAAUCCGAUCCCUAUAACACAGCACAGCAGGAGGAGCAGCGCGACUGGCUCACUUGUAGCGCCAAUCGUCAGCAGCACGAGCCCGACAAGCUGAUGCUGACACAGAUCAUUCCGGGAGAUGCAUUAUGGGAAGUGGGAAAACUGAUCCAUGACAUGAAGAAGAAAUGGAACGUUCCGUGCAAGUGUUCGUGUGGCCAGUCCAACUCUAAACUGGUGCAGCAGAAAAACGGCCUCAACCAGUAUGUUCAGCAAGCCAUCAACCAUUUGUCAAACAGUAAGUCCAAGAAGUUAAUCAAUGGCAUCGCUGAGGACCACAAGAUCUACAAAGGGAAGAAAGAUUCCAUCAACGGCAACAUCAAGUACAAUCCCAACAGCUCAUCUCCCCUAAAUCUGCUGGCCGAUGUUGCUUCCAUGGACUCAGAGACCAGCCGUGAUCGCAGCGAGUCACCUUUUGGCAAAAACAUUGACAAGUUUGGCAAGUCGUACAACCCGAUCACGGAGCCUGUAUCCCCCUGUGGAGGAGGAAACAAUGCAGGGGAUGGGGACAAUGAGAAGAAGAAUCCGGCCAGCUGCUCUACGCUGAGGGAACUGUUAACAAAAACGGCAGGGAAGGUCAAGUCAGACAACAACAACAAAAAGUCGAAACCCAAGUCCAGUAGUAGUACACUGGACGAUAUCAUCCAAUCCGUGGUGGAGAAACAGUUACCUCGGGAUGAGAACAGCCAGCCGGUCCGAUUAAUGCAUUACAUUCCUCGUAUGGGUCACAGCAGCAUGUUGACUCGAGACCAGCCCAUUCUGGUCCAUAAUCUGACAGAGACCAGUGUACUGUACCCAGACGUACCCCACUCCUGGCUCUGUGAUGGCCGUCUGCUGAGACUUCAUGAUCCCAAACAUAAAGGAAACUUCAGGAUCUUCCAGGAACAGUGGAAGCGAGGUCAGCCUGUCAUUGUGUCUGGGGUGGACAAACUCUUGAACCGCACUCUGUGGCACCCGACCUCCUUCAGCAAGACAUUUGGGCGUGAGAAGAAUGAUGUGGUCAAUACGAUGUCGGGUGUGGUCAUCAUCGGUCACCCCAUGUCUGUCUUCUGGGAUGGGUUUGAGCGUCUCAGAGACCGCCUUCUCGAUGACGAUGAAGAACCCAUGCUUCUGAAACUAAAAGACUGGCCCCCAGGGGACGAUUUUAGUGAUCUCAUGCCAAACCACUUUGAUGACCUCAUGCAGGCUCUUCCCCUGCCUGAGUACACUCAUCGUCACGGCAAACUCAACCUGGCGUCCCGUCUCCCAGACUUCCUUGUAAGACCAGACCUGGGGCCUAAGAUGUACAAUGCAUAUGGGUCUGCAAAGUACCCAAGUGAGGGAACAACAAACCUCCAUUUGGACGUCUCUGACGCUGUGAACUGUAUGGUGUAUGUUGGGAUCCCUGGUGAUGGGCCAGGAGGGAAGCAGCCACACAUAAACAUGGCCAUCAAGGCGAUUGACGACGCAGGAUGUGACACCAUGACAAAGAAACGUGUCAGAGAAACCAACGAGGUCCCUGGCGCCCUGUGGCACAUCUAUGACGCCAUGGACGCAGACAAAAUCAGGGAUUUCCUUAAUAAGGUGGGUAAAGAGAGGGGAGAGGAGAUUGAACCCCACCACGACCCGAUUCACGACCAGAGCUGGUACCUUGACGUGGAGCUACAGAGUCGCCUAUAUAAGGAGUAUGGGGUGCUGGGCUACACCAUUGUACAGUGUAUGGGGGACGCCGUCUUUAUCCCCGCUGGAGCCCCACAUCAGGUGAAGAACCUUCACAGCUGUAUCAAGGUCGCCGAAGAUUUUGUGUCUCCAGAACAUCUGAACCACUGCUUCAGUCUGACCCAGGAAUUCAGGCUUCUCUCCGACACACACACCAACCACGAGGACAAAUUACAGGUAAUGUAGCAUACACAACUCACAUCAACCUUAUAGACACACACACAGACACACACACCAACCACAAGAACAAACUACAGGUAAAGAUGAACACAACUCACAUC